AUGUGCUGAUCAACCAUGGAAUUCACCUCCUCAUCCGUGUUUGACCAGCAGAAAGGAGAUUCCACUGAUGAAAUUGACCUCAGUGUAGUGUUCCAAGCAGCCGCCAGUGGAGACGUCAACACCCUCACAGCAACAAUACGAGAAGAUCCUUCAAUCCUGGAGUGUUGCGAUGGAGAAGGCUCGACCCCACUGAUGCACGCGGUGUCAGGACGGCAGGUGGACACGGUGAAGCUGCUUCUGAAGAUGGGAGCCUCCAUUAACACUCAGGACGCCUGUGGCAGGACCUCCCUGUCCUUGGCUACAUAUCUGGGCUGGCUUGAAGGCUGUGUUUGCCUUCUUCGUAACGGAGCCAAACAGAACAUUCCAGAUAAAAAUGGACGUUUGCCACUUCAUGCAGCUACAGCAGAAAUCGACUUCAGACUUAUGGCUGUGCUGUUGCAGCAGUCCACACUGUGUGAAAUCAACCACCAAGACAAUGAGGGAAUGACCACUCUUCACUGGGCCUCCUUCCAUAACCGUCCGGACCACGUGCAAGCCCUGCUGCAGAAAGGGGCCGAUCCCACACUGGUGGACAAAGACUUCAAGACAGCCCUCCACUGGGCAGUGCAGAGCGGCAGCAGAUGUAUGUGUUCUCUAAUCCUUGACCACCAUCUUGGUCCGUCUGUGAUCAACUACGACGAUGAGAACGGAAAGACCUGUGUGCACAUCGCGGCGGCGGCUGGUUUCAGCGACAUCAUCUAUGAGCUGGCACGCGUGCCUGAGACCAACCUACAGGCUCUGGACGUGGAUGAACGCACGCCUCUGCACUGGGCCUCUGCGGCGGGCAAAGAGGAGUGUGUGCAGGCCCUGCUGCAGCUGGGCGUGGACCCCGAGCCCCGAGACAUCAACGAGAACACCCCGCUCACCUACGCCAUGUACUGUGGCCACACGCCAUGCAUCAAGCUCCUCUCUUCAGACAACAGGUUAGAGUCGACUCGACAGCUCCGUUCCCAGAACAAUGACCUGGCCAACAAGAAGGAGGGCAAAUUUCGCAUGCUCAACAACAUCUUCUCCUGCAAGAAGAAGAAGGAGCUUCACACAGCACUACAGAAAGUACCAAACCACGAUGGAAAUCAGUCAGAGGAGACGUCCGAGGUGGACGACAUCAUCACUAUGUUUGACUGCCUGUCGGACGCAUCCGGGAAGGACUCGCGAGAAGACGGACUGGCCUUGAGGAAGAAGUCCUGCGAGCCACAGAAGCUGAACAUCCUGGAGGACCACGCCUCAAAGGAACUCAAGGGGCUUCCGCCCAUCCGCACACAGAGUCUUCCACCUAUCACCCUGGGAAACUCACUGUUGGCCAACCAGUUUAUGGGCCAAAGGCAGAUGAUCAGCCGCCUGGCCCACCGGUCUCAGAAGAGCAAGAGUGAGCAUGACCUGUUUGACAGCAUAGCCAAGAGCCAGAAGCUGGUGGGUCAGACCUGGAAGACAGAGUCCAACCAAGUACUGUCCCACAAGGCUUGGAUAUCAUCACCCUCUGAGAGACUGCUUGAUCGACCUCACCACGAGACAUCAGGCCCCUUAGAUGUGCUCUGUCCCAAACAUACCCCAUACAUUCCAAAAAAUGACAAAGCUCCAAACACACACCUGCUACCUCCAAACGGCCUGAGGAUGAGGGAGUCUGGCCUCGCACGCAACAGCUUGGCACCUAUUCGUGACCACUGUACUCACCGAUUUUCCCUUCCACCUGACCAGGUCUCUCAGGGAGUGAAAAAGUCCAAAUCUCUGCCCUUCGGCUCUCUCGGCUCCCUCGGCCUCGGCCUCGGCCUCGGCCUCGGGCUCGGGCGGGGCCUGGCCAGCCUCCCUCCUCCAAACGCCCCCAAGCACCACAAAUCUGGACUCUCCCAGAGCCAGUCCCUCUGCUCCCUGCCGCCCGCGGUGGUUGGAGAACCGUUGCGGAACAUGCAAGUUCUUCCUGCGAUUCCACCUCUGAGGAGACGUAGUCCUUCGCCUCCUGAACCCACUGGAACGCCUCACGCUGACCUUCGACCUUCUGAACCCACUGUAACGCCUCACACUGACGUUCGGCGGUGA